ACGAAAUUCGCAUUAGGUCUUUUGAUAUCAUGACGAUGUCAUCGCAUUCUAGCGCUCGUGCAGUGUCAAUGUGAUUUCAAAAUAAAAUAGCAAAAUACUUUAAAGUGCAGUGCGCAAUUUUAUACUCUACAAUUAAAAGGAAUAAAAGUGCUCAUGUAAAAAGGACAUCAUUCGUUUCGCUUGCGCUAAUUAACUGUUCGUCGUUCACCUAUGUACUUUGCCAAAUUUUGUAACUUUAAAGUACUUUUCUGAGUUAUCCUGCAUUGCAUGCGCUUGAUAUCCUGUCUAAACACAUAUGCAGCGGUUAAAGUGCAGUAGUGCCGUUAAAUUGAGUGUGUGUAUGCGUUGAGUCGGGAAUAGUGAGCUGCAUAGAUUUUUAUACUACAGAAUAUUCAAAACCAAAGUGUAUUGUGCUGCAGGUUACCCGCUUCAAUAGAUCCUAUAACAGAAGCGGUAAAAACUCUUUGACACGAGUUCAAAAUGAAAGCGCUAAUAUCGUUCGGUAUAAUAACACUUCUAGCCUUCGCUUCUGUGCAAGCUACUCCCGCCAUCAGUUCCAGUGAAAAUGCGAUUCCAAUCGUGAAUCGUAACCAACUGGAGGAGGGAUUCCUGCGUAAACUCAACAUAAAAUGCAGUCAGAGGGAUAAUCAUUCGUGUAUGAUGCUCAAAUUGAUUGUGUACAUGAAUCGAAUAUUUAAAAAGUCUUCAAUCGAUAUUAAUGAGAAUCUAAGGGUUUCGCAAAAUAGAAAUAUUGACUCCAUACCGGAUGACCCCGAUGAUGAUUUAAUGCUAGCACGUUCCAUUGAAUCAGAUGAUGAGACGCUAGGCCUGCUGGUGGCUGGAAAAAUUUGGAAAUUCAUACGAUCACGUACGCUGCGCUAUAAAUUUUCCGACAAUGCAGACUUCGUGCUCACUACCGAACCCAAAGGCAAUUUAAACUUUGGCGUAUCGGUGAGUCCGGUUGAGACGUUCGAGGAGGGACGUGGCAAGAUGAAAAACAUGGGCCCAAUGUUGAUGGUAAUGAUGGCCAAGGCGGGCAUGGUGGGUGCUAUAAUGCUCAAAGGCUUAUUCCUGCUAGCGGGAAAAGCGUUAAUUGUCUCCAAGAUUGCACUGCUGCUGUCAGUGAUAAUCGCAUUAAAGAAAUUACUGUCCCAGAAGAAGCAUAUCGUUGAAAUACCACAUCACGAUAGCUACAGUUCGGGUUGGGCGAGAGCUUUGAACGGCUUCAUAGAGGGUAUGGCCGAAGUGCCGGCGCAAAUAAUCGCACAGGAAGCACAGGAUAUGGCAUACAACGGACAAAUGCCAAAAGAGGAAGUGCACUAAGCACACGCAAGAUAGUCAAUACUUAACUUAUGUGGUACAAACGAUUAGUUACGAACAUAUGUAUAA